ACCGUAUUCAACAAUCUUGACUUGCCAUCCCUAUUCCUAUUCUGAUCUCCGUUGUUAGCCAUGGGAAUCCAUGAGAGUGGCGGAGUCAUUUCUUCUUCCUCUUCUUCUUCUUCGUUUUGUAGUCGCUUCUGGUCGUCGGCACUUAGAGCCAAGCGCUUGGCCACGCCGGCGGAGAAAGCUGCCCGUGAUAAUUCUAGCCAGGGCCUUUCCCGCCGGCUUGGCGUGCUUGACCUCAUCCUUAUUGGAGUUGGCGCCUCCAUCGGUGCUGGCAUCUUCGUCAUCACCGGCACUGUCGCUCGAGAUACCGGACCAGGAGUAACAAUUAGUUUUAUACUUGCUGGAGCAUCAUGUGUCAUCAAUGCACUCUGUUAUGCUGAACUAGCUUCUCGUUUUCCUGCUGUUGUUGGAGGGGCAUACCUGUAUGCAUAUACGGCUUUCAAUGAAAUCACUGCUUUUCUUGUUUUUGCACAAUUAAUGCUUGACUAUCAUCUUGGGGCAGCCAGCAUAGCAAGAAGCUUAGCAAAUUAUGUAAUAACAAUUCUUGAGAUCUUUCCUGUUUUCAAAGAAAACAUUCCCUUUUGGUUCGGACGUGGUCAAGACAUUGGAGGAGUUCUAUCAAUCAACCUCUUAGCUCCAAUUCUCCUAAUACUUCUGACUAUAAUUCUCUGUUGGGGUGUUGGAGAAUCAUCGGCCGUAAAUUCUUUUAUGACUGUGACAAAGGUAGUCAUUGUUAUCUUUGUCAUAUUUGCUGGAGCUUUUGAGGUUGAUGUUUCCAAUUGGUCUCCCUUUGCUCCUUAUGGUGUCAAAAGCAUAUUUACGGGAGCUACUGUAGUAUUCUUUGCAUAUGUUGGAUUUGAUGCAGUUGCCAAUUCUGCUGAGGAAUCUAAAAGACCACAGCGAGAUUUGCCAAUUGGCAUCAUCACAAGCCUGUUAGUUUGUAUCUUAUUGUACGUUGGAGUUUGUUUAGUGAUUACUGGAAUGGUUCCAUACAAGUUUAUCGGGGAAGAUGCUCCAUUGGCUGAAGCUUUUACAUCAAAGGGUUUAAAGUAUGUUUCCAUUCUGAUUAGCAUAGGUGCUGUAGCUGGACUUACAACAACACUCCUAGUUGGUCUUUAUGUCCAGUCUCGGUUAUAUCUUGGGCUGGGAAGGGAUGGUCUACUGCCUUCAAUAUUUGCUAAAGUAAACUCCAAGCACCACACUCCUGUUCAUUCUCAGGUCUGGGUUGGUGCCAUUGCUAGUGUUUUGGCUGGACUAUUCAACGUGCAUGUGCUCUCACACAUUCUUUCUGUCGGUACAUUGACUGGCUAUUCAGCUGUCUCAGCAUGUGUAGUAGCUCUUCGCUGGAGAGGUAAGACAGCCAGUCAAGUCUCAUCUUGGAGGGAAGGAGUCAUUUGCCUAAUUGCUGUUGCUAUUUGUGGAUUUGGUGCUGGGAUCUUAUACCGCUAUGAUGUGUCAAUUAUUUUUCUGAUUAUCCUCCUAGUCGUUGCAAUCGCUGCUUCUGCUGCUCUCUGGUUCCGGCAGGUUUAUGACGAAGCACCAGGGUUUUCUUGCCCUUGGGUUCCCUUCCUGCCGGCUAUUUGCAUCUUCUUCAACAUGUUCUUAUUUGCACAGUUACAUCAUGAAGCAUGGGUGAGAUUUGUCGUUCUUAGUGUUGUUAUGGUUGGUGUUUAUGCAAUAUAUGGCCAAUAUCAUGCUGAUCCAAAUGGUAAAGAGACUAUCAUUUAUGAUCGCAUACCAGAGGAAGAAGCUUGGUGAGUUCACUUCAUCGGGUCAAAAAAGAUAAGUUCAGUUGAAUAUGAUUCCAAGGCCAGUAAGACCGUUUACUUGGUGAGUCACUGAUCUCUUAUAUACCAUCACAGUUGCUUGUGGUCAGUUCUUGUAUAGAAAAAGCAUAUCGUUUUCUGUCAAAAAUAAGUGCUGUAAAUCAAUAAUGAUUGAUUCUGGUAGGAACGUGAACUGUAAAAAUAUUUCUUGGUACAGUUACUGCUUAGAUUGUACAUGGCAGUGGCCACAAUUAUCUUCCCUCUGAAUGAAUGUGGCUUUUAAAAAGCUUGUGGGUGGCUCAUCUUUGUAAUGUGGGGGGUUUCAUUUCCCUGAUUGGUUGGCGUUCAAGAUUCUUACACCCUUUUUGUUAUAAGAUGAAAAUCAAUUCGAUGAAUGAUGAACUCUGUAUAUCUGGAUUUAAGACGAAUAAAUAUUUCCUUAAUCUAAA